GGUCAAGGAAGGAAGGACCGCGGAGGCAGCCAUGUUUGUUUGCUAGUAUCUGAAAAUCAGCUGAUAUUUCAGCAAGAACACUGUUAAACAUGUCUUAUAACGCAGAAAGACCCACGGGAGAUCCUGAUGUAUCAGAAUCCACCUCUGGUGGAUUUUUCUCCAGUGAUUUUCAAAGGUAACUUCCCUCCACUCUGCAUGAUAUUUUCUGCGGAUUCAAUCUCGAUCGUUGUCACGUGUUUCGAUUUUUUAAAAUUCACUAUAACCUGUGUUGUGAUUGUAGGCAUGACGACUUGAAAGCGAUGUUGGAUAGCUCGAAGGAUAACCUAAAACUUGACGCUAUGAAGCGGAUAGUAGGAGUAGGUUGACACUUAUUUUGGUACAAGCUCUUGGAACUCGUGCUUGUCAUCUUAUCUUUCAUCUUUCAGCACUAAUCAGGGUCACUUAUCGUGAAAUUGAACACGUCCCAGGCCAGGAUGACCCCAUCCCACACCUUACAGUACUUGUUUCCUUUAGGAAGUGCUCGUUUAACAGUAUUGCUCAUUAUAUAUAUACCUGUAGUUUGACAAAUAAAAUUCAUUCUCAUCAAUGCUUAAAACAAAAGUCUGAGAUUACUCAUUUUGAGGUCACUUUCCAGUAAGCUCGAAGUUAUUUACUGGCUUGAUAUACUCCUUGUGAGUUCGGGAAGUCGAAGAGCAAUUGCUCAUCUCUUUGUCAUGUUAAGCUUCUGGACGAGUCAAAAAGCUUCAAGAAUUCAUGAAAUUCUGUCUCCGGGUCAGCCAUAGUGCUAAUUUUUAAACAUUCGAAGUCCACAUGAAGGCAACUUAUUAUCCUUUGAAAGCUACAAAAUCAUAACAUUGAAUGUUCUGGGCACAAUGCACACUCAGCAUUGCGUUGAUAUUCAGGAAUGGUCGAUCUCAGGUGCUCUCAUGCGAGACAACUAAUCAUGAAAGUGUCUAUACCUGAGUGACAUAUUUGCAUGUCGUAGUGCCCAGGAUAACUCGUUCCUUACACUACGUGUAAUCCACAAGUUAAAAAGGCCACAGAAGCCUGAAACUGGUAUCAAAGGUGGCUUUAGUUUCAAGAAAUGGAACAUGAAUUUCCAUUUGGAAUAUUCCGACCUGGAAAAAUCGGACUACCUUUUCAGACAUUCCAUUGCUCUCGAAAAUUUUCCACUGAAACGAUCCAACAAGUCUUGUUCCAUUUACUUUCCAAUCGGAUUUUCUGGAAACUUUUUGAACAUUGGAAACAACCACUUAUUGAUGGAGAAUUGGCUUUUGUUGCUCUUUGAACUAUACAAUAACAACAACUUUAUUCAGUAAUAAGGAACAGAUCAUUGACUUAUAAUCACUACCAGACUCUGUAAGUUAGCAUAUAUCAAGGUCCUCAGAUGUAUUUUUUCUGUUUUAUAGAUGAUGGCUGAUGGUAGAGACAUGUCAGAUCUGUUUGCAGCUAUUGUAAAGAAUGUUGUUUCAAAGAAUGUUGAGGUAUUACAAUGUAAUUAGAACAGUAUUGAAAGCAUCAGUUCAUAAUGAUAUCGUAUUGGCCCUUUGAUAUAAUUCUCAGAAUUGAAGCAUAACAUAAUUAUGUUACAAUUCAACUUAAACUAAGCAGAGGAUGGCAGUGUCACCACCUAGGGCUGGCCACUGAAGAUUUUCCUUUUCCAUGAGCAUAACCCCUUGCUACUUUCACAAGAAACAAAUGGAAAAGAAAACCAAAAGUAUUCCCCAGCUGUUAAAUUCCCUGUGUUCAAAUUGAGUACAGUCGUGAAAACUUUCAUGUGCGACCAUCUCUUGUAUGCAACCACCACUUACAGCUAUCUAAACCACCAAAAUUUUCUCAGUCAAAGCCUUAGUUGGACCUCUCAUGAACGAUCACCUCUUGUAAUAAUAUUGACCACAACAACUUUUGGGGGUGACAAUUUUAUAAUUUUUUAUUAUUUUUAACCUCUUUUUUAACAGCCACUUUACUCAUGUUCUAAUCUCUGUGUUUGCUCUAUUACUAUGCUACUCAGAUAAUACAAAGAACUUUUAGUGAUGGCAUGGAACUACAUAUAUUACUGAACUUAGAAACUCAAACUGCAUACAAUAAAUCCUCUUCCAAAAAAAAUUUUUGUUUUGAUUGCUCCUUAGAAAAGUUUUCUCAGGGUUUGAUUCUUGUUUGCUAAGCAACCACCUCCUGUAAGCGACCAACAAAUCUCCGAAUUUUGGGUGGUCCCUCACAGUAGGUUUGACUAUAUGUGGCAACUUGAAAUCUUAGUGACUGCCCUGCAUGCCCCUAUAUGAGUACUGAUCAUUCCAUUCUGAAAUUUGUGUAUUAUCUUCUACAGAUCAAGAAGCUGGUGUAUUUAUAUCUAGUUAGAUAUGCUGAGGAACAGCAGGAUUUAGCCCUACUGUCUAUCAGCACUUUUCAGAAAGGUUUGAAGGUUAGUCACGGUUUCUUCAGGAGUUUAGAUUAGUGAUGACUGGUGUAUACCAUUAUGAUUUAUAAAGGGGUGUCUGAAAUUAGUUAGUCUCUUAGUGACUUCUGAUAAACUGCUAGAUCCUUGCUCCAAAUUGCAUUGUAUGUUAUUAUGAAUCAAAAAUAAGUAUAUUGUGACACAUAUGUAAGCUACGGUUUCACUCAGUUAUGGUUUUUUUUUUUUUUUUUUUUUUUAUGUAACAUACUCUUUGUAUGCAACUUGUAAGAUUUAGUAUUUGUUGUCUUCUUUCCCAGGAUCCUAACCAGCUGAUCCGGGGAAGUGCGCUACGAGUGCUGUCAAGUAUUAGGGUUCCAGUGAUUGCACCAAUUAUGAUGUUAGCAAUUAAAGAGGUUAGCAAAGAUGACUUUACUUUACUUUUUUUUUUUUGGAGAGGUCCAACUGCACUAGUCCUAUGAUUAGAAGCUCUAAGUUUUGGCCAGUCCAGUCACAUUUUGUACAAGAUCAGGACUUGUUGACAACUGCAUAGUUCAAGCAUUGUUUCAGAGGCAUAAAAAUUUUAAGAAAAAUGUUUAACACACUGAAAAAGAAUUUUGUGAUUUACUGAAAAAGGAGUAAGGGUUGGAGGAGAUGGGGAUAUGAAGAGUUUAAUAACAAGUUCCAACUCUUAGGUGGUGAAAUGUGGUUCUAACCCAGCACCAUGCAUAUCAAUUGUUUUUAUAGGAUGAACUGAUAUCAAAGUGUUAAAUUCUUAUCUGUAGGGUGUGAAUGAUAUGUCACCUUAUGUGCGGAAAACUGCAGCUCAUGCCAUCCCUAAGCUUCACAGGUAUUAUUUUUAAUGUUUGUUGGUUAUGCAGUGGUUCAACUUUUACUAAGGCUUAAAACGUUUUAACUUCACAUUCCUUUCUCUAAAUUCAUUACCAUGCUUAAUGUGAGACAGGGAAGAUCAAUUUGAUAAAAAUUUCCAUUGAAAAAGUAAAGCAACAGUUAUACUUUGUUCUUAAGUUGUCUCCCUCCUUUUUCCAGUCUGGAUCCUGAGCAAAAAGAUUAUCUCAUUGAAGUUAUAGAGAAGCUUCUCAAGGAUAAGACAACGGUAAAGAAUUUUGAUUGUUUAUAAGCUACAAUCCUGCUCAUUUUUUGUAGGAUGAUACUUAUGAGUUGGCAGUUCUGUCUUCCUGUACUUCCCGAGUCUAGAGUUUUGUCAUUUUUAACAGAUAUGACUUGUUGAAGUUAACUCUGACCACUUGUUGUUAAAAGGCAUUUUUGAAUGUGUAGUGUUUAUGGCAAAAGAUAAUAAUAGAUUUUAUAAUAAUAAUAAUAAUAAUAAUAAUUUUUUUUUUAAUAAUACAAAACUUUAAUAAGAAAAAAAAAUAGAAUUUACAGAUUCAAGAAUAGAAAUAUUAAGAUAUAUAAUAUGUACAAUAAUAAAAGGGUUCUCGUAAAAUGACUAUCUAAAGACUACUAAUAACAAUUAUAAAAAGCAUCAAAAAGUUAAUAAAAAAAAAAAAAAAACUAUUUAAAAAUAAUAAUUUGAUAAAAGUUACUACUUAAAUUCUGGCUUACUUUGUAAUGUUUCAGAUAUAUUAGCUGCUCUUUCUUUGCUUUGUUUUGACACCUCUGGCUUGGCAAAGGAAGAGCCUUAUCCAAGAUACUUUAUCAGUGGUCAUCUCUUUCUUUAACUUAAAAAUCUAUUGAGAACCCUGAAUAAGCUUUAAAGACCAAGGUUGAAUGUGAUUCCAAAACCCGCCUGCUGUAUUGCCUCUUCUUCUCAUUUUAUAUUGGAAUAUCUGGGACAUGUCUUGAUUGCGUUUAGAUGGGCUUGGGUUUUUAUGAUGAAUGUGUCUGUCCCAAAACCCCAAGCAUAACAGGGUCGGGCAUAGGGACAUAAUAAUAAUAAUAAUUAAUAGUAGCAAGUAAAAGAAUAGAUUGUCUUUUUGAUAAAUAGAAAUGAAUAUUUUCCCAAGUGGACUUGGUUUUUUUAUGAUGUAUUUUCAACAACAUUUUAAGGAGACAAGGAUAGAUUGUCUUUUGAUAAAUCCUUAAAAUUUUUGGUCACAUUUUCAACAACAAUUUCUUCGGUCUUAUUUACAGUGCAAACCAUUGACUCAUAUUUUAAAAAAUUAUCGCAGCACUCUUGUUUAUUGAUAUUCCCUUUUUGUUUAGCUUGUUGCAGGCAGUGCUGUGAUGGCCUUUGAAGAUGUUUGCCCUGAUAGAAUUGAUUUAAUACACAAGAACUACCGCAAAUUAUGUAACCUGUUGAUUGAUAUAGAUGAAUGGGGGCAGGUAGCAGUGAUUCAUAUGUUGACGAGAUAUGCUCGAACACAGUUUGUUGAUCCAAAUAAAGAGGUGAGGAUUUCUUUAAAGGGUUAGUUUUCAGGCUAGUAUCCUGGUUACUGUCCCCUUGGUGAACAGUUACAUGUAGAAGUUCUAUUUUAUUUUUCUGGUGAAGACUCAACACCUUGACAUAGUUGAUUUACUUGCUUAGUGACAAGACUUAAAGUUUUAGAUGCCAUUUUUAGAAAAAUGACAGGGAUAAUGAAACAAAUAAAAAUGGAAGCACAAGGACAACUGGUAAGAGGCGAAGAACAAAUCCAGCUAGCAGUCUGGGAAGGAAUUGAACUCAGGUCCUUGAAUUUACAAGUCAAGCUCUUAAACCACUCAGCCACACUGCCUCCUAUGGAAAUCACUUUUAAUUAUGCCCUCAUCAUGGUCUUGAAAUAUAUCUUGCUAUUUCAUGUGACAAAAUCUAUUGCAGCCUGAAUCAGAUGAGUUUUACCCAAAGUCUGAUCAUUCUGAUGAUUCUGAAGAUGAUGACGAUGAUGAAGAUGGGUCUGUGAAGAUUUCUAAAAAGAAGACUUAUGUUAUGGAUCCUGAUCACCGUCUACUCUUGAGAUCAUGCAAACCACUUCUCCAAAGCAGAAAUGCUGCGGUGAGCUUUGUUAUGUAUGAACUUUUGUGUUUAGUUUAAGAAUAGCACCCCCCAAAGUGUGUUGAUUAAAGUUCCAAAAGGCCAGAACUGCUUGGCUGGAUCGGUGAUUUUGGAAAUGAAAUGGGCUUUUUUCAAGAGUUUUCACAAAAAGCUCAUCACUGCUGUGCACACAGUUUAAGAAUAGACUGACUUGGCUGGAGUUUUCUGAUUGACACUGAAAUUCUCUUAACAACUCGACUUGUCUUGCCGAUUUGUUCCAACGUUACUGAUGGUAGCACCAUAAGUAUACCAGAUCUUUAGUCCAGGUUUGGUAAAUCUGCGACAGUUUGUGAUACUUAAAGGUUUAUUUAUUAACAGGUUGUUAUGGCAGUUGCAAGGGUUUAUCAUCACUUGGCACCCACAAAUGAAGUUGGCAUCGUAGCUCGCUCUCUGGUCAGACUUCUUAGAAGUCACAGGUGGGAUAACAUGCACUAAAAACUUUACUUCCUAUUUUCUUAAUACAGCAAUAAUAAAAUGAAAUUGUUGGGAAAUUUUUUUAAUGUUGUUAAUUUUUCAACUGAGUUUUAAGUGUUUUCAUGCUUAUUGGUGUUUUUAUAUUUUCCUUUUUAGAGAAGUGCAAACUGUUGUGCUCAGCAAUAUUGCUACAAUGUCAUCCACUAGAAAGGUAAUGAUAGUUUACAGAAAAUAUGCAAAAUACAUUUUUUCCUUUAAUACAACCCAGACAAAUAUUUAAUGAAUAUCAUUCUAAUAAAAUUCAGGGCAUGUGAUAAUAUGAUAAGUUCUAUUGUCUUAUACCCUAAGUUAAUGUUGUGGACACCUGAUCUGUUUGUUUUGUCCCACUCAAUGUGGUAAUCUACUAUUACUAACAUUUUCUUUUCCUGGAAUUUUUUCAUUUUUCAGGGGUACGUAGCAUUGAUUUUUGGUUUAUUAUAUUUUUGCAGGGAAUGUUUGAACCCUACCUCAAAGGCUUCUUUGUUCAUUCAAGUGAUCCAACUCAUAUAUGUUUGUUAAAGGUGCUCAGAUGCAUUCAUUGGAUUUAACAAGCAUAAUGUUUAGCAGUGAUAGAAACUGUCAAUAUAAUAAUAUUAUUGUAUAUUUAAUUUUUUAGAACAGAGUCACUUCAAGGUAUAAGCCCAUACUUCAGAAAUAAACACCACAUCAAUCCCACUAAAGCAAACCUUGUGUAGAUGGGCUUCCCCAUACAUGCACAUUUAAAACAGCUAACAGCCUGUGUUUUUGAAACUUUCUGAAUGAUAUACUGUAAUUUACAGUUGAAACAAAAAUUUAUUCCCAACUGCAACAACUCUGAACCAUAAAUUAAAGUAGUGGUAAUGUAGGAUGUAUCAAAAUAAUAACAAUUCAUUGCGUCAUUUUAAUAUUCUUUUUCUGUCUUCUUUUCAGCUUGAAAUUAUGACUAAUAUUGCAGGAGAGACAAGUAUUGGGACUAUACUUAGAGAAUUUCAGGUCCUUAAGUCAACAGCUGUUAUUUAAUAUCAUAUUUUCUUGAAACGUAUACUGUAUGUUAUUAUUAAUAUUACAUGUAUAAUUUUUAUCGUUAUUUGUAAUAUUGCUAUUUACAUUUACUUAAUUUUUUUUCCUUUAUUUUUUUCAGAGCUAUAUUUCCAGUCCUGAUAAACAGUUUGUAGCAUCAACCAUUCAAGCAAUUGGACGCUGUGCAUCUAAUAUUUCAGAGGUUACAGAUACAUGCUUAGCUGGCCUGGUGCGACUUCUUUCUAACAGAGAUGGUAAGACUACAGUCAAAAAUUGAAUGCUGCAACCAAAACUGCAUGAUGAGAAAGUAUAGUACUUUGUGUGCAAACAAAACUAUAGAAGAUACACUCAAUUCACAGGUUAACUCCAGUAUUAAGGACUUUAAGAUCCAACGACGUGGCUGGCAACGAAAACGUCAUAAAAACAAUAGGUUUAAUGAGCAAAACAACAACUUUGCAUGUGCAUCACACUUUUGUACGUUUCUUUCCCGUUUUUGCACAACUACGACGUGAAAAUGCCCAAUUUCGCGUUUAAUGGAGAACAUAAACAAGCAAUGAAAUUUUAUUUCUCUUUCUGAGUGUAGAUAUGGUCUCUUGAAAUUAGCUUUAGGAGGGUUCGCCUAUAAUUGAAAAAGUAAGUGGGUAGGAAUAAACGCUAUAAAGACUGAAAGAAUGCGAAUUGACUUUUUAAGUGACAUUCUUGCUGCCAACACGUUGUUGGACCUUUAAUUCCCUAUUACCUAGGAACAAAACAGACAUACUGUCAAAAAGCCCAGGGUUACUGUUUUGUCAUCCUGUGUCAUCCAGCAGGCAAGCAAAGCUUGUUACCUUUUAAUAAGAAAUAGAAUGCAGUUAUUCUCUGCAUUUUGAGAUAGAAUCAUGAAGCAACUGCCUAGAUCUUUUCAUCUCUCUCUGAUCAAUGACAAUUAGUGAUACCACUGGCUAUACAGGUUGUGGACAGUUGCUUAUUUUUAUUACCACUCCAUAGCUAAUCUUGACUUUUUUCUGUCUACAGAGGUAGUUGUAGCAGAAAGUGUAGUUGUUAUCAAGAAACUUCUUCAGCUCAAGGUUAAAAACUAAAACUUUUCUGCUUAAAAAUUAAUUUUACUUACAAAAUAUAUGACCAAAGUCAAACAUGAGAGGAAAUAACAGGGCUGUCACUAAGAUUUCAAGUUGCAGGGGUUAAUACAACAAGUAGGUGGGAAAUCAAACAGCUAGUUUGUUCCUUUUUUUUCUUUAUUUUUGUAUGAAAGAAGCUAGGAAUAGCCCUCGGACAGCCCUGAAAUAAUACACACUUGGAAGUAACAGUAGAAAUAAUCAGAUACCGUAUUUGACAUAUUAAUCUGGAAAAUUUACUGCAAAUAUUUGAUUUCUAUGAACUCACCAUUGGCCCAAUAUAAACAAUGUGUAUUUCAGAAAUUUUAGAAACUCUCUAUUUCAGACACAUUUGUAUCAGUUUCAUUCUGCCACAAAAAAGUUACUUUAUGUUGAGUUGAGAUCAGCAGUGGCUGGAUUCAACUAAUAGAUCCGCUUUAACUUUCCACUGUGUCUGUCGUGGACUCAAAUGAAAUACUUUCUUUGUUGGCCUGCUGAACACUCAGUUACAUGUUAUUCUUAUUUUGCUUCUACUGUACUUAAUAUUCCAGCCCAAGGGAAACUCAGAUAUCAUCACACACAUGGCAAGGCUUGUGGAUACAAUUACGGUGUGUAUUACCGGUAGCUCUUGUUUUCAUGUAGUAAAAGGUAUUCAUAGGAUCAUCAACAGGGCUUUGAGGAGGAAGGCAAUAAAUUAUUAUAAAUUUUCACGGCCAGGUAAAAUAUUUAUGGGUAUAACUUCUUUGGGCAGCUGAAUUAAACAAUCAGUUGAUCCAGACACUACAAAACUACUGUUUUAGUUUGAAGCAACAUCAAUUAGCUGUACUAAGUUUCUUUUCUUCACUGGGUACAAUAACUUAUUAGGCCUUGAAUCCUUAAUGCUGUUGAAAUACAAUGGUAACUGUCAAUGCUAUUUCUUCUUAAGGGUUUUCUAAGGCCAUAUUUUUCACUCCAUCUUUGUAAAGAAACCUAAACUCUUUGUAAGUCUAUGGCAAAUUUAAUGUAUUUCCUUGAAUUUUUGUUUUUUGGUUACAAGCCAGGGUGUAGUCACAUUUUCAUUUUUUGUAAUAAUAUUAAUUUUUGUCUUUCCUUGGGUAAAAUUUUUUCAGGUUCCUAUGGCUAGAGCAAGCAUACUAUGGUUAUUAGGAGAAUAUUCUGAGAGAGUACCCAAGGUAGCCCCUGACGUCCUUAGGAAAAUGGCAAAAACAUUUGGAACUGAGGUUAGUUAAUUGCAGUCAGUUCAGAUAUUGUUACACAUGAGUUGCCAUGUUGGUAGUUUGCACUGAUUUUAGUUUUUUUUUCUUUUAAACAGGAGGAUAUAGUGAAGUUACAAAUUCUGAAUUUAGGAGCAAAACUCUUUAUUACAAACCCCAAACAGGUUGGUGACAUUACUAUACUCAUGAUUUCUAGUUAUUUCAUGAGUAAUGUUCUGCCAUUGGGCUAGCCAUAAAGGCCUCUUUUAAUUAAUGAGAUACUAGUAAAUACUUAUUAAUACUAAUAUUAGUAAGAUUAGAAUAUUACCUUUUUUUCAAGCAAAUAAUUAAAUCUAGUUGAAAUGAUUACAACACAAUGUUUUUCAGCCCAUUUCAGCUGUUUAUGGUGUGUUCUUUGCUUACAUGCUUCUUCUUUUAUUGUAGACCAAACUUCUGUGCCAAUAUGUACUGAACCUUGCAAAGUAUGAUCAGAGUUAUGAUGUCAGAGACAGGGCACGAUUUCUGCGACAGCUGCUUAUUCCAAGUGAUGCAGUAAGCUUAAGAAGCUAAUGUUCUCAAUGGUUUUUAAAUCUCCUAUGGAUACUAAUGAAAUGAAAUGUAACAAUCAAUGUUCUGUUCUUAUAGGGUGGUCAUCUUAGUAAAUAUGUGAAGAAAAUCUUUUUGGCGUCAAAGCCCCCUCCUGUUAUAGAGUCUGUCUUUAAAGGUAUGAUUAAACUAGUGUUCAUUUCCUGUUCCACUUUAUUGUCUAAAGCCGAAAAAGUUGUAUCAAAUUGUUUGCUAACUUAUCCAUCUUUUUUAAACUGUGAUUAACUGUUUGUGCAUAUUCUGUCAGUGAAGUUGGUUUGCAGUAAGAUGGCUGAAUUUGUGCCCACCUUGAUGACACAUUUUGUUACUUCCAUCAUAAUCUCAUACUUCUGACUGCAUCAUCCACCUCUGGUUAAUAAUGGCCCUUCCUCCACCGUAAAAACGUUAUUUCCUGCAUGUUUUAGCACCUGUCCCACCUAGCCAAUGAAAUCUUUGUUUUUAUCACUUACCAUGGUUUAGGUCCUGACGUGUUUGUAUGCUUGAAUUUUAGUUGGUCAUAAGAUGAUUUCAAACCUGAUAUUUUAACCUUAAUUUCAGAACGGCAAGGCUUCCAGGUUGGCUCGCUGUCGCACAUGAUUAACCUCAAAGCCAAUGGUUAUCAGGAAUUGCCUCAGUAUCCAGAAGUUGCCCCUGAUCCUUCUGUCAGAAAUGUUGAAGUGAGUCUUAACUUGAGCCGGAGAUAAUCAGUUGCUUGCCAACUGUAACGUACAGGAACAAUAUGAGAGGGAGUCAAGUGGUACUUACCAUUUACAUGGAAAAACUUGAAAUUGCUUUCUGAAAAUCAAGUGGUUUGAGCCAUUCUGUUUGAGCAGCUUUAAAAGACAUGGCUUGUGAUUUGAGCGAAUGUAAUUUUUCUACUCUUUGUCUGUUCUGCUGAUUUGGACAAAGUUUGUAGCAGGUUGUUCUUCCACUGUGUUAAAUUCUAUAGUUUUAUGUUUAUGCAAAAGAUUUCCACCUGGGUGGUUGAUGUAAAUGGUAACCACCCAUGGAGAUGUGAAAUUUUGUUAUACUGUUCAAUCAAUCUCUGGAGACAGCAAUAGGACCUGAAAAUUAUCCAGAUUAACAUGGGGUUCCUUUUGUAAUUACCCUGGUUGAAAAGAGCAGAUACCAUGUCUAUGUUAAAAAAGUUUCUGGUGCCAUUAUUGUCCCAGGAGUAGAUUGCGAGGUAUUUUUAGUUACUGUGUAAAGAUGUAAUUGGUGAAUUUAUUAUGCUGUUCCCAGGUGACAUCAUUUUGGACACCAGGUAACAAGAAAAAGAAUGCAAAGAAAACAUCAUUUUAUUCCUCAGACUCUGGGUCAGAAUCAGGAUCUGAAUCAGGUAUUACUUACUAGUUGCUCUUUUAGUUCUCUAUUUUAAGUGUGCAUGUGUCACAAAUACAACGGCAAGGCAGGAUCACUCACCAUUAUGCUGAAGAGGGAUUGAAAAGCUCUUUAAGUUGUAAGUUCAUGAAAACUUGAUAGGAUCUAUUGCAAAAUCCAAGUUCUAUUAAUAACGAUUUAAUUUUUACUCUUUCUUUAUUUUGUUCUUUUUGAUGUAAGAGUGAAUUUUUGAGUGAGUUAUUUGCUUCCCAGAAUCUGAUAGUGAAAGCGAGGAUGAAAGUGAAAGCAGAAGUGGGUCGGAUUCUGAUAAGGACAAGGAAAGCAAAAGUGAAUCAGAGGCAUCCUCCAAAACUGGUACUUAAAUAUUAUUUUUAUUAUCUAAAUCUAUACAUAUACUUCUUGUACUUACUUGUUUAUGUUGUGGUUCAAUUUCAUCGUUGGUUUAAUUUUUCUUCCAUAAUUUGUUUCAAACUCAUUAUCAUACAUUACCAUACCCAAAAACAAAGGAAGAUAAAAUUUAAACAAAGGAUGAAAUUGAACCACAACAUAAUAAUAUAAAUGAAUAUUUUACAAUAACUGAUUGCACAAGUUUUCAAUAAUUUUCCUCCUAUAGCAUGUGCAUGCGAUUUGCCAGAAAACUUUGCAGGCAACUUGAUACUUGACCAUUUUAUGAUGUCAUUUCACUGAUCUAGAAAAGUGCCAACAAGGGAAAAUAAUGUGUUGGAAAUAAUUGUUAAGAGAUGUUCAAAAAGUUCUGUAUUGGGGCCUUUUUUCCUUUUACUUUUGACUUUUUCUGUGUAGCUAGUUGUGUCUGUUUGAUGACUUGGUAAAAUUUUUGUAUUAAUUUGUGAUCUGACCCCCAAAUUGUUCUCUGCUGACAGUAAGAACCUGUGAAGAGGUUUCUCUAUCUAUGUUUUUUUAAAUUUAGUUUUAUAUAUUUGUUUGUCUCAGGAGGCGAAAGUGAAGAAGAGAGCGAUUUAAGUGAAAGUGAAGAAAAGUCAUCUGAUGAGUCAGAGACAGAGAAAAGCAGUGAAGAAAGCUCAGAUAGCUCUGAGACUGAAGAAGAAAAGGUAUCUCCUAAUUUUCCCAUAUAUCUGCUAUAUUUGCCUUAUUUUUUUCAGUCUAUAACUUCUUUUGCAAAAAAGCCUUUUAAAAAAAAAACCACCAGCAGAUCUCAAGCAGUUGUAUAUGACUAGUAGGCAUUAUGAGAACCUUGGUAGCAUUCAGGGUGAGAAUCUGUCAUUAAACCAUUAUUAUUUGCAAGUUUAAAUAAACUAGCAUAACAGACAUUACUAGAGUCUUAGGCAAUCAGUAAUUUAUUGUAAUGGCAUUUAUUUUCCACAAACCAAAGUUUUUAACUAACCAUUAAAGAAAAGACUUCAAAAAAAAUAUUAAUGCAAAACUCUCCUCAUAUAGCUUUGACUUUUGUGAGUCAUUUUGGCGUUUUUCCUGAUGAAGGCUCCUGAAAUCUUUGGUUUUAAAAGGGUUUUUGAUUCCAAAUGCAUAUGAUUCCUUUAUUACUGAGUCCACUUGGUUACCAGUUUAUUUUCAAAAUAAUAGAUUAUUUGCCUUUGCUUUUCAGCCGCCAGUGAAAAAAUCAACUAAGUCACCUGUUAAGGCUACAAAGCCAGAAAAAUCACCCAGUAAACCCCCUGCUGCAACCAAAGGAGACACUUUGCUAAUUCUGGAUGACUGUAAGUCAAACAUGUCAAGUUGCAACUACUGAUAAUUAAUAUUGACAAGCCCCUUGGAAACAGGAAGUACAUGGUAUUCUGGUGGUUAACACUUCAGAGGUCUUCAAACUUCAGAUCAUUUGGUCUAGGAUUUAAGCUUUGCUCUUACAUUGAUUCCUUACACAAGGAACUUUUCUCACAUUACAGUCUCUGUUCACCUAGGCCAGGUUGUUCGAAGGUGGGUUAAGAUAACCCAAGGUUAUUAUGAAAUUUGAACUCAGAUAUGAGAGCUUAAAAAAAAAAUUCAGUGUAAUUCUCUUUGCCUACGAUUUGAUGAUUGGAUACUCUAAAAAAAUAUAGAAAAUCAUCCAAGAGAGUGCUUUUGAUGAAAAGAAAAAGAAGCCUUGGUUAAAAUUUAACCCUGGGUUAGCGCCAACCAGCGUUCAAACAACUGGGCCCAGGAUUUAUAAUACUGGGUAUGGGUAAGUCAUACUGCUAGGGAUAACCCUUCAUUAAAAUAGCAUCCCAUCUAGCAGAGGAUGGCAGCGUGCCCCAUUCUAUUCUAAAUGAGAGAAUCUCUUACUGGCUUCAAGGACACUUUUACUUUAACCUUUGAUGUUCUAGGCUCUCACCUUCCUUUAAAGCAAUACAGUGUAAUAAAAACUUUAAUGACACUCCCUGAAGAUGGCUUUUCAGUGACAAUAAUAGUUAAUAUUCUAGGAAUGCCUGAAUGGUAGAGCCUCGGGAAGCAGAGGCUAAGGGGCAGAAGUUUUUACACACUGCCUUGUUGCUAGGCAACCACCCAAACCAAUAGAAAGAGAUAUUUAUGACCAAAGCAAGAUCACACUCUGCUUAGUGAUUCUCAUGUGCAUUGGCAUGUUGCACACAUGCUGUGCGCACAACAAAUUUAUAAACCUUCACUCCUUUCAGGCCUUACGGCCCUCGCUUUGUGAGGUACAAGAUAAUAUGUCAGCAAUGUGGUUCAUGUAAAAUAUUAGUGAGUUUAAGAUGCUACAACAGCGACAGUAGUGAAAAUGUUGCUUUAAAAAGUCAAUUUGCUUUCUUUCAAACUUUACAGUAAUUCCAACUAGCUCACUUUUUCAAUUGAUGGUAAAAUGUCCUGGAGUUGAAUUCCUAAGAACGAUGUACAAGUUCAGAAAGAGAAAGAAAAAUUUGCUGCCGUUUAUUUAGCUCCUCCGUAAAAUGUGAGAUUAGGCAGUGUCACCUCGCAGUUGUGUGGUGACAGUAAAGAAAUGUACCUAAAAGUGUGAUGCGUGUGCAGAGUUGUUGUUUUAUUUAUUAAUCUUACUACCAUUUUUAUGUUCUCAUUGCUGUCAUGAUGGUCUUGUUGCUGUCAUGCUAUUAAACCCCCAAUAAUAUUAUUUGGAGUUUAAGAUAUGUUGGUUUUAUUAUUCAAUUUGCUGUAGUGAGUGAGCCAGUGACUCCCAACGUAAGUUCAGGUCCCAGUAACAUCCUAUCACCAAGUCUUGCUUCUGAGAUAGAGUCCUUAUCACUGGCAAAUGAUGUUCCUUCAGCUGUCAUUACUCCUGUAAGUCUCUAUGUGUAUCAUAAUAUUGACUGAAUUUAAGUUGUAAAGGAACUAAUGUAUGUGAGCAAAAUACACCGAAAUUAAAUUAAUGUGGGUGAUGCUUGAUAUACCAAGUCAAUAUAUGUGCUAUGGUGUCGUUCUAUUGUGUGAAGUUUAUUGUGUUAUUGUGUGAGGGCUAGGGAUGUAUUCUAUGUGAUGUCACUUGAGACUUGCUAUUCACUUGGUAUAUUGUGCGCCAGCCAUUAAUGCUUUUAUACAUCAAACCCCUUGGUCUUAAAAUUAUUACUUUGAUCUCUUGCUAUUUGGAAUCAAGUGUCGUCACACCUUCUUAAUUUCAUCAGAGCAUUGGUUCUGGCUGCAUAUAGUUUCAGUAACUAUCUGUAACUAUAAUCAUAGUAUUCCAGAUUUCCCUCCAGUUUUCAAACAGUCAGGUCUCCAUUGAAGCACAAAAGUAAUGAUGGCCAUUCAGUUAUGCUCUUUUGUUUUUGCUUUAUAACAGCUUAGCCCAAGCUUCUCUUCAGCAAAAUCUCAUGAACUGCUUCACCGUAUGCAAGGCAAAGGGCUGAGUGGAAGCUACAAGUUUACCAGAGGACCUUGUAUCUAUUCCACUAAAAUGGUGGCCGUAGAAGUAACAUUAGUCAACCAUACAGAAGCACCAAUUAGCAAUCUAUGCGUGGGCGAGAAGGUAUUUUUCAAUACUAGGAGUUUGGUCUCACCUACAGACUGAAUCGUCUGGCUUUUACGAGAGGUCUUUUCUCAUAACGUGGGAUUAAACUUCAAAAUUAUUUUGAUUUAGAGCACAAAAGAAUUAAAUUGAGAGUGGGCUUUAGUCAACCUUUGAUUUUUCUAAAGGUGUUUAGAGUGAUAUAUCUUUUCUGUGAAUCUGUGAGCAGGUUGUUUUCUCUAUUGUGAAUAGCCUUUAAAUAUUAAAAUCAAUAGAAGUGAAGAACUAGUAACUGUUGUAAAGAAAAUACUUUCACACAAAAAAGACCAGAAUCAGAUUCAAGUUUAAGCUCAAGUUAGGCAUAAUUGGCCUUCAAAUCACUGGGCUCAGACUGAUUUACUUUUGGUAUUUUACAGAAAUUGGCAGCAGGGAUGAGUAUGCAUGAAUUUCAAGAAAUAGGUAGGUUUGUUUUCAAGUAUUAUUCAAUUAUUUGUUUAAAAUAGUACGAAUCUUAUACAUUGUUAUGAUUAUAUUUUGUUUUAUAGCAUCACUGGGACCUGGAGCAACAAUUGCUGUGACAUUAGGAAUUGAUUUUAAUGACACAACACAGUCUGCUGGGUUUAACUUAUGGUAAAGAUACUUAGAUAAAAUUACUACGUAAGAUAAUAUAAGUCAAUCAUUUAAAACACUUAGGCUGUAUUCUGUUUAGCAAAAGUAAAAUAAGAUACAAUAUGCACCACACAAGCCAGGUUUUUUUACAAGUCAAGAAAUCCUCGUUUAAUUACGUCUAUGCAUUUGAACUUAAAAUACAGUAGAUUCCUUGUGAAAAAUUCCUAAGCUAAAGGUAUUAUGUUUAUUUAGAGUUUUAGUAAUAUUAUCAUAGUGCCCUGAUAAACAUGUCUUCUCUGUGUAAUAAUGUACCAGGGCUUGCAUAUUUGUAUCCCAGCUAUUUCUAAUGUUACCAAAUUAUCAGUGUGUGAGGAAAAUUGAAGGAAGCCCAGUGCUCUGAACCUGUAAAAUCCAGGGCACCCAGCAUAUGAUUUGUAUGAAAAAUCUGAGAUUUUCUAGUUGUGCGGGAGCAACAGUUAGGCGCCAGGGGCUACCGGGCUCUACUAGAGCACAGCCCUGAAGAUACUGUGCAUCUCAGGGAUAAGGUUCAUUCUGUGGCUUUUUAUUAGGUUAUUGAUUGAAUGACAACUCUACACUAGCUUGUUGACAUUUUAUUACCUGAUGUUUUAGUACACAAAGCAGCAAGUUUCCAGUGAGUAUCAAAGCUCCCGUUGGUGAACUAUUACAAGGCUGUCCUAUGACUGAGGCAGACUUCCUCACCAAGCAAGGUUUGUUAAUCUCUUUCUUAUCAUUAGGUGAAAUUAUACACUGCCUCAUAUAGUUAUCGUAGUUAACCAUGGUUUGUCAGGAAAAAGAAUUUAUUUAAAUGUUUGUUUCAGAUUUCAAGAAGAAAAUAAUUUAAUUACUAUUUGGUGAAUUCUUUCAGGUAAACUGCGUGGUUUGAAUGAGAGUUCUGGAAAGCUUGAGAUUCCCAGCAGUCAGACUUCAGAAGAACAGGUCUGUGCAAAGGUGAAGGAAGCUGCUGCUGUUGCCUAUAUAGGAGCCGCACCCCUCCCUGAAGGGGCUGCUACAUACAGAUUUGCAGGUCGCACAAUAUCUGGAGGGACACAUGUCUUAGUGACAGUUAAAGUACCCUCCAGUGGAAAAGACAGCUUAAUUACAGUGAACUGUGAAAAGAUGGCAAUUAGCUCCAUGCUAGUCAAAGAGAUCAAACAGGCUUUGCAGUAACACAUCAAGUAAUUCAAGGCUAUCUACAAAGGCUGAAUGUUACUCUUAUUGACAGCAGCAAAAAGCGAUUAUUCUCCUCAGCUACAUACAUUGUGUGCUUGUCUUACCUCCUGUUCUAUAGUAUUUCAAAAAUGUUUGUGACAGCCCUGUGGUUUUCCAAUGCUUCAGUCUUCAUCCAGUGAAGUAAAUUAACAUUGCUGUUUUUGAUUUUAUGCUCUUCCAGCCUCAUAGUAACAUGAAUUUUCCUGGAAAACGUAUUUUGUUCCCAAUGGAAAAUCAAUGCCCACCAAAUAAUUGAAUAACAAUACUUUUCACAUGAAUGUAAUGAUUCGGAUGUAUUUACAGGGUGCAAAGAAAAUCAUUUUUACAGCUUGCCAUUCGGGCAAGCUGAAGCUAACACUUACUAGCCCAGAUGUCAUUUCAACUAGCUCCGAAAGCUUUUUGACAAGCAGAAUUGAUUUCACAGUUCUUCUGUUAUUCAAAUUCCUCAAAAAACAUCACUUGCCCGUCGGGAAAGUUAAAAACAGAAUUCACUAGCCCGAUAGAAAAAUCCACUAGCCCUGGGCUAUCGGACACUACUUUCUUUGCACACUGUAUUUAGGUGGUAUUAUUCAACAAACAUUGGUUCCCUGUUUGGCCUAUAUUGGUGCUAUAUUGGGCCUAUGUCUUGAGGGAAUAGACUACUUACAGUCCCCUAUUAUUCUGAUCAAUACUAACUUAAGGAGGAUAUGAUGAGCAAAAUAUGGGUAGAGGUUGGGGGUGGAAGAUUGUAGAGACAUUUUCCACAAGCUUUAUUACUUAGGAAUCUUUUUUUGAGCUCUACAAUGGAAUGGGAAAAUAGGGGGGUUGUGAAAUAAAAUAGUGUAGGAGAGAGAGUAGAAAUUAUGCUUACGUAAUGGUACAAUUCCAGCAAUCCUAUUAAAUUUAUUCUCACAAAAGUGCAACUACUUGAAAUGGGCAUAAAGUAAUUUUGAGAAAAGUUCUUAUUUUAUGGCAUCAAAUUGUGUUUUUUUAACAAAUCAUAAUAAUGGAGAAAAUGGAUGUUGCAAAACAAAAUCCAAUAAUAAACUGCCCAAAUACCCUAGUUCUGUGAUUGAAACUGUUAGGUUUGGAACUUAAAGAUCACUGUGCAUGAGUAAUAAACAAUUUUUUUUUUACCAAGACUUUCAAAGUCCUGACUGGCAGUAAAAUUGUCACAAAGUCAGUGCUGCCCAUUGUCAGAGUUUAGCACUAUUAGGCAGUUUUGGGGCCGGACACCAACUUUCAGGGUCAAAUAUAAUGACCGAAGUGUGGCAUGGACAAACUGACUGGCUGCCACUUAAAGAGAGGUAUCCACCUGACAGAGGUUUCCAUUAACUCUUUUAACCCCAAUAUCCACAUACAAUUCUCCAGACUGAUUUGCAUACAUUUCUUUAAAGAAAUACCGUAAAAUUCUGAAAAUAAGCCCCUCCAUGUAUAAGCCUCUCCAAAUAAUUAUAAGCCCCCCAAACCGGUAAUGCAAAAAACCCUCCGUUAAAUCACCCCUCCAAAUAUAAGCGCCCCAGGGGCUUAUACUUGGAAAAUUGCCCUCAGAUACAAAGUAAAACAAAGCAAAAACAGUAAAUUUACUGGCAGCUAUAAGGCUAGCUCAAUCGAUUUUGAAACACAAAUUUCCCUCCGAAUAUAAGCCCCUCCAAAAAUAAGCCCCUCAAAAAGGGCCAUUGAAAAAUAUAAGCCCCGGGGUUUAUUUUCGGAAUUUUAUGGUAGUUGAGGGAAUUUGAUGAAAGAUCAAAACAGUUAACCCAUUGGUGAUCAGUUUAUUAAUUCUUGUGUACUGAUAAUGUUUAGAGGAAAUAAUUAUGUUGGUCACUUUUGGGACUCAAAGGGUUAAAAGAGAGCAGACUGUAUAAUUUCAGUCUAAUCAUAACUAUAACAAAAUUCUCAAAUCUGAUUGGUUAUCAACUUUUUUCACUGCUAGCAAAGAAAAUUUUAAGAAUUUCUUGUGUUUUAAUUAGAAUAAAAGGUAAAAUGUCACAAAUUUUGUUAUAGUUAUGAUUAACUGGUAACAGAACUUUGUGUUGUCCAAUUUAGUCUGUAAUCAUACUCGUGAUUAACAAAUCGGACUCCGGCGAUUUUCUUAAAUCACUUGAUUGAUUACAGACCGAAUUGGAGUCCACUCAGUCCAAUUACCUUUAUUAAUUAACAUGGUGAGAUAAAUGUAUGCAGAUCCUUGAAUGUGCAUAAUACAGGAAUGGAGC